AUGUACCUGCCUCCAAUUCCAAGCGACAGCGAAACUGCUGCUGAAAUAUUCUGUAUGACAAUCUGGUCAGGAUGGUUUGCCUUCGAUAUGGGUUAUAUUUCCAUAUUCACCUGCGUAUCUUUGACUAUCGAACGCUGGAUAGCUGUUGUCAAACCAAAAACAUAUCGCUCAUUGAAACCGAAACACGCUGCUGUAGCUGUAAUCCUUGUGUGGUUCUGGGGUAUAGCGGUCAACACCACAACUUUCUUGCGAAUAGAGUACGAUCCUGAUAAAAAUCUCUGCAGAUGGACGCCUUUCCCUUUUGCAGCGAGAGUGUUUCCAUGGAUAGAUUUAACAGUGCAGUCUAUCAUUCCUUACACUACUAUGGUAGUGUUGUAUACUCAUAUCUAUUUCCGAAUGAAGAGUUUACCUCAGAUUUCUUCAAAUCGUGAUCCCCAGCUGAAGAAGAUCACAGUUGUAGCAAUGUUGGCAUGCGCAGCUCUGAUUAUCGGAUGGCUUCCAGGCCGGAUCACAUUCAUGCUAUCAAAAUAUGGUUACCUCAGUACAAAAAGUAUCCUACAUAAUUCAUUUGUAAUGACGACCUUUUGUAAUAGUUGUGUCAAUCCAGCGCUGUAUGGGAUGUGCAGCUCCAGGUUUCGUGCAGAGUACAAGAUUGUGUUUAAUAAAGUAUCAAAGCUAUGCG